AUGAAGUCGCUCCGUGAGAAGUUGAAAGACACCAAGCUCUACGAUGUCAAGGUUGGAGCUAUUCACACCAAGAACAAGCUCGGCAAGGUAGGCAACUUGUUCAACCGGAAUCAUCGCCACGACGAAGCGCAUGAGAAAGCCACCGACGAGAAGCGCACCAAAAUCUGCGAGUCGCAUCGAUUCAAGUCAUUCUUUCCUGAGCGACCCAACAACAAGAUCAAAUGGUAUGUCGACGGACGCGAUUACUUCUGGGCUGUCUCUGUUGCCCUCGAGAACGCCAAAGAGACCAUCUACAUUGCCGACUGGUGGCUCUCCCCGGAAUUGUUUCUUCGCCGCCCGCCCUACUUCAACCAGGAAUGGCGACUCGACAUGAUCCUCAAGCGUGCGGCUGAGAGAGGCGUACAAAUCUAUGUCACUGUCUACAAAGAAGUUCAACAGGCUUUGACAUGUAACUCUGCACAUACGAAACACGCUCUCCGCGCCUUGUGUCCUGAAGGAACACCAGGUCAUGGCAACAUUCACAUCCAGCGACAUCCCGACCACAACCUCUUUGAGAACCUCGGUGACAUGACUUUCUACUGGGCACAUCACGAGAAGUUCAUUGUCGUUGACUACGAGCUUGCCUUCAUCGGUGGUCUGGAUAUGUGCUACGGUCGUUGGGAUGUCAGACAUCACGCUUUGGCUGAUGUGCAUCCCUCGGGCGUACAGAACGAAAUUUGGCCCGGUCAGGACUUCAACAAUAACCGCAUCAUGGACUUUCAUACUGUCACAGACUGGAUGAACAACGAGCUCAACAAGACUGACUUCGGACGCAUGCCGUGGCAUGAUGUUGCGAUGGCCGUGAUUGGCGACUGCGUGGUCGACAUUGCCGAACACUUCGUCCUGCGUUGGAAUCAUGUCAAACGAGACAAAUAUAAGCGAGACGAGAAGACGAACUGGCUGCUGAUGGAGACUCGUGGCAACAAGGCCGGGACAAACCCGGAUGAAGAUCUCAUCGCUGUUCAGCGACCCAAGCACCCUGUUGGUGAUUACGUCGAGCACCCUCUCAGUCCACUGCAAACCAAGGCACUCGGCAAUCAGGGCACCGUGCACGCGCAGUUAGUCCGCAGCAGUGAUGAUUGGUCAAGCGGCAUCCUCAACGAUCAAUCGAUCCAGAAUGCCUACAAGGAGGUCAUCGAGAACGCCCAGCAUUACGUCUACAUCGAAAAUCAGUUUUUUAUCACAGCAACUGGCGAGAACCAAGCUCCAAUCCAGAACACCAUAGGUCGUGCAAUCGCAGAUGCAUGCAUUCGCGCAGCUAGAGAGGGCCGCAAGUUCCGUGUCAUCAUUGUCAUUCCAGCCAUUCCAGGCUUUGCAGGUGAUCUCAGAGAAGACGCCGCUAUUGGCACUCGCGCCAUCAUGGAUUACCAGUACAAGUCAAUCAACCGUGGCGAGCACAGCAUCAUGGGCCAAAUCAGAGCCGCCGGCUUCGAUCCCACACAGCACAUCUUUGUCUUCAACCUCCGCGCCUUCGACCGAAUCAACAAGACACCCGGCCUUAUUCAACAAGAAAAGGACUCCGGCGUUACCCGAAGAAAUAAUGGGCUCCGGCAUUCACGCUACGACGACGAGGACACCGAAAAGGACGCCAAAGACCAACAGCACACGCGCAUUGGCGACGACGAGCGCCAAAACAUCAUCGACCGCAAACGCCGCUUUGAAGCCGCGCGCAAGAACAUCGACGCCGAAGACCCAAUCCACUCCGCGGACAGCGUGGCCGAAGACCUCAUGGCCCGUGGCGGCCUCGUCUCCGAAGAGCCCUGGGAAGGCGAGAUCGAAGACGAAAAACACAACUUCGUCCAAGAAGAGCUCUACAUCCACGCCAAGCUCCUCAUCGUCGACGACCGCACCGUGAUCUGCGGCUCAAGCAACCUGAACGACCGUUCCCAACUCGGCAGCCACGAUUCCGAACUCUCCAUCGUCAUGACCGACACCCGCAUGAUGGACUCAACCAUGGACGGCCAGCCCUACCAAGCCGGCUACCACGCCGCCACCCUCCGUCGGCACCUCUGGCGCGAGCACCUCGGCAUGAUCGAAGCGCAAGAACUCGACGCGAAAAACGACCCCAACGCUCAACCCCCCACCGUCGCCAUGAACGAGACCUACUCUGGCGAAGAAUGGGAAUUCGUCGCAGACCCUCUCGGCGACGCCGUCUGGGAGAAAUGGUGCCACCAGGCGACCGUCAACACGAACCAAUACCGCUAUAUGUUCCGCGCCGAUCCCGAUGACAAUAUUACCACCUGGGACGAGUACGAUCAUUUCGCGCCGAGGAAGACGAUCAAGCAGGGCCAUCUGCAUGAUCCGUACAUGCCGGCGGCGAAAGUGAGGGAGGAGUUGGAUAAGAUUCGCGGGCAUCUCGUGUGGAUGCCGUUGAAGUUCUUGGAGAAGGAGGAGAUGGCGGAGAAGGGGUUGCAGGUUAACGCGUAUACUGAGAGUGUCUACACGUGA